AUGCCUAAAAUCAUACUAUACGACUUCCCUAGUAGAGAGCCGUGUGCGGCAUGGCUUCCAAGUGCGUGGAAAGUUCGAAUGGCUCUCAAUUACAAGGGUCUCGACUAUGAAACGCAAUGGGUGGAGUACCCGGAUGUGGCACCAAUGGCCAAAUCAUUAGACUAUCUGGACGAGCAUUACGGUCCGCCAGAACAUCCUUCUUUGCACCUUGAUAGCCCAAUGUUGCCUCGUGUUAUGGAACAGAUGCCUGGAAUCAUGCAGCGCUGGGCAUCGUCUGUUCUGUAUCCAUUAGUUCCUCGAAACCUCCUCAACCCAAAAAGUGCCGAGUACUACGAACGUACGCGCAAGGAGUUUUUCGGCAUGUCUUUGGAGGAGUUCGGACGCCAGAAGUCCGGCGAGGCUUGGGCUUCGCUAGACGCUACUUGGGGUGGAAUGGCUGCUUUACUCAAAGAGACGCCAGGGCCGUACUUUUUGGGUGACAUCACAUCUUACGCCGACUUUCAACUCGUCGCAAUAUUGCAUUGGGCGAAGCGGGCCGACGAGAACGUUUUCGACCGUCUCGUGGCUUUCGAGCCGGCUUUCAGGGCCAUCUACGACGGAUAUGCGCCCUAUUUGAAGCGGGAAACAUAG